GGGGUGGAGACGACGGCACCUGCUCCAUGUCAUAGGUCAAGGACUGCUAGUCGGCGGAAGUGGAACAUGUCGCAGCAAAUGUGGCGGCUGCCGCUGCGAUGGUGGCGGCGGCGCUCCCCGGCCUGGUGGUGUUUUGCUGCGUGACGCUUCUGGGCGUGGCUGGGUGCCAGCCGGCGCCGCGCGCCGCCGCCCGCACCGUGCCGCUGGGCGACAACGAGACCACAGCGCUUGUCAAGAAAUGUUACGGCAUAUACGGCUGCUUUGCUAUCACCAAGGAGUGGAUUUCACUCUCUCGACCAAUCAGCGUCCUGCCGCAGUCACCUAAGGCCAUCAACGUCAAGUUCUGCCUCUACACCACUAACAACCCUACCGAGUGUGAGCGUAUGUACGACGACAUCCUGUCCAUUGGGACGUCAUCGUUCAUGGCGGGCAAGCCGGUGAAGUUCCUGGUGCACGGCUAUCUGGACUCGGGCGAGAAACGCUGGAUUAAGGUGGUGGACUGGGUGGGCGGCUCCGGACCGCCCUACACCCAGGCGGUGGCCAACAUACGGCUGGUGGGCGCCGUCGUCGGCAACUUCAUCCGCCUGCUGAAGAAGCUUUUCGACACGCCGCCCGAGCAGGUUCACGUGAUCGGCCACAGCCUGGGCGCCCACCUGGCCGGCUACGUGGGCGUGUUCCUGCAGCAGCGUGGCGUGCGGCUGGGCAGGAUCACUGGCCUGGACCCGGCAGAGCCGCACUUCGAGAACACCGACCCGGUGGUGCGACUCGACCCCACGGACGCCGGCUUCGUCGACGUCAUCCAUACCGACAGCGGCCCUCUCAUCUCGGGAGGCCUGGGACUGCUGCAGCCGAUCGGUCACAUGGACUUCUUCCCGAACGGUGGCAAGAAGCAGCCGGGCUGCGGCACCAGCGUCUUCGACGCCAUCAAGAAGGAGGAGGGCAGCCUCAUCUACGGCGCUUCAAUCGGCUGCAACCACCUGCGGGCGUACGAGUUCUUCACCGAGUCCAUCAGCCAGUGUGGCUUCAUGGCUGUUGAGUGCGACAGCUACGACAAGUUCGCGCAGGGUGAGUGCGGCAUUUGCUCCCCGGACCACGGCAACUGCCACCGGCUGGGCUACCACGCGGACCGCCACCUGACGCCGCUCGACCGGGCCAAGAUCCGCCAGCUGAGUCAGCCGCCGCUUGACCUGCUGGGGCUGGUGCCGCCGCCCGUCGGCCGCACCUUCUACCUGAUGACCGGCAACGCGGUCCCUUUCUGCAGGCGUCACAUCCGCGUCACCGUCUCGCUGUCGGACAUCCCGGCGGCGGUCCGGCACGGCGGCGACAUGGGCACCCUCAGCGUCCGCUUCCACAGCGCCAAGAACAGCAGCGCCUGGCAUCGCUUCAGCCAGGGCGACAUGUUCUUCGAACCGGGCCAGGACUACAGCUCGCUGACGCCGGUGUCGUUCACCGGCGAGCCGACGGCCAUCGAGCUGGAGUGGCGCUACGCCUCGUCCCUGCUGAACCCGCUCACCUGGCGCCUGCUCUCGCAGCCCAUGAUCCACGUCAACCGCGUGCUCGCCGUCAGCGUCGAGUCCAGGCAGCGGUGGGUGGCCGCAGCGGCCCGGCUGGCGCGUGGCCAGACGCCACCUGACCGAGAUGAAGCCGAGAAAGUGCCGUUCGCCAGCAACGGCGGUCUCCUGCCGACGCUGUUCAGAGGCAUCGGUGGCACCAUCGGCCGCAUCUCUCAGUACAACUGGGCCAAGCUCUGGAACAACCAAACGGCCAACAUGAUCAUGCGAUAG